GCAUGUGGGUAAUUGGAUGGAGGUGAAGAACGCGGUCUGUGCUGUGAUUGGCUCCUUGGUGUUCCGAGGGCGCUGAAGCUAGUGAUUGUAGCGUUUGCCUGCGCGCUUUGACUGUUUGGAGGAGGCGGACCGGCAGCGCUGGCAGGCCAGGCUCUUGGGUGGGGGGCUAGACCAGCGCCGCUCACGUCGUGGUCCUGUUCCCUGGCAGCCAGAAGAUGCCGUCGUCGCCGUCGCUCCCCUGGGAAUUCCACCUGCCCCUGUCCCCGGGCGAUCUGCUCCGCAGCGGGGGCCCCGCGCAGUACGUGGUGCAGGAGGUGCUGUCUGUAGCCCAGGUUGCUGGGCAGCUGGCGGAGUUCCGGGGGGCAUUCCAGGUGCAAGGGCCAUUGGCCAUCCUGCAGCACUUUGACACCCUCUACAGUCUACUCCACCACUUCCGAUCUAUAAAUGCUGCAGUCAAGGAGGAUGCCCUGGAGCUGAUGGUGAAAGUGGUGUCCUGUCACUCUAGUGACCUCUCCUCCAUCUUGGAUAAUCUUGACCUGAGCCCUUCAGACCGCUCCACUCACCUCAAUGCUCUUAAAAUGAACUGCUAUGUACUGACUCAUCUAGUGGAGGCCUUUGAAAUAGACUCGUGCAAGAGUGGCUUGUCAGGGCUAGAUCCCAGUGGGAAGAGCAAGAAGAACUGCACCACGGGCUCAGGCUUCUGCUGGGAGGAAGAGAGGCAGCCACUCCUACAGCUGCUGACACAGCUGCUGCAACUGAACCUCCGUCGACUGUGGUGUGGUUUGGUGGUGGAGGAGGAAUUCAUCAGCUUAGUGACUGGCAGCUGUUACCGCAUUCUGGAGAAGCCCAGCAUCAGCCACCAGAAGCAUCGGGCCACACGGGAGGCAGUAAUGCAUCUUCUUGCUGUGGCUCUGACUCACUAUGACCACAUGCUCAGUGCAACUCUGAAGAUCACACAGAUGCUGCAGCACUUUGAACAUGUAGCCCCAGUGUUUGCGGGGGCUGUGAGCCUGUGGGCCACGGAGUAUGGCAUGAAGAGCAUGGUGGGAGAGCUGCUGAGGGAGAUUGGCCAGAAAUGUCCACAGGAUCUGACUCGGGAUGCUUCCGGAGUGAAGGGUUAUGCUGCCUUUCUCACAGAACUGGCUGAACAAAUCCCAAUGAUAGUGCUGUCCAACAUGAGUGUCCUGCUGCAUCACUUGGAUGGAGAGAGCUAUGUGAUGAGAAAUGCCAUCCUGACAGCCAUGGCAGAGAUGUUGCUGCAGGUGCUGAGUGGAGAUCAGCUAGAGGAAGCUGCAAGGGGUACUCGGGACCAGUUCCUGGAUACACUGCAGGCCCAUUUAUGUGAUGUCAAUGGGUUUGUGCGCAGCCGUGUGCUGCAGCUCUUCACCCGGAUUGUCCAGCGGAAGGCCCUGCCCUUGGCUCGGUUCCAGGCUGUGGUGUCUCUGGCUGUGGACCGUCUCCAAGACAGAUCAGUAACAGUGGCUAAGAAUGCCAUCCAGCUGCUGGCUGCAUUUCUCUCAAACAACCCCUUCUCCUGCAAGCUAAGCUGCACUGAUUUGGCUGAGCCACUCAAGAAAGAGAUGCAGAAGCUGCAAGAAAUGAGGGACAAACGUACAGCAAAAACUGCUGCACUAAUUACCCCAGAGGAGGAGUGGGAGGCCAUGCAGCCAGAGCUUAGGGCCACCAUACAUCAGCUCCUUCACCCAUUGCAAGGAGAAGAGGAGGAAGAGACGCUAGAGGUUGAGGAGACUGCACUGAAUACGGCUGAGCGCAUCAUACAAUUGCUGAGGAAGUUAAAUUACAAGCAUGCUAUCCGUCUAACACAGAUGGCUGUGUGCCACUUCCAUGGGAUGGAGCCUUUCACCAGCAAUUCAAGGUUGGAAGGUGACAAGGAAACCAUGAUCUUGGGCGUUCUGAGGACACUGUACACAGAUUCCAACCUGGAAAACAAUAUCCAACAUCCUUUGCAUAGCAGUGGGGAUGAAGACCCUGUAAUAGAGGAGCAGCCACCAUCUGAGCUGGUUAAGCAGGAGAUGCUGGUGCAGUAUCUGCAAGAUGCCCACAGCUUCUCUAUGAAAAUCACUGAAGCCUUGAGCAUGGUCAGCAGGAUGAUGUACAAAAGCUCUGUCUCUGUGGUGCAGGAGGCCAUUGAGUUCUUUGUGACAGUCUCGCAGUUUGGUGUCCCCCAGGCACUGCAUGGAGUCCAAAGGAUGCUUCCUCUUAUAUGGUCUAAGGAGCCAGGUAUUAGAGAAACCGUGCUAAGCGCCUACAGGAGGCUCUACCUGAGCCCCAGUGGGGACUCAGAAAGGGCCAGGGCGGAGAGGCUGGUGCAGUCUCUUUCCCUCCUCAUGGUAGAUGCAUCGCUAGGGACCAUUCAGUGCUUAGGGGAAAUAAUCUCAGAGUUUGUGCAGAAAGAUGAAAUAAAGCCACCUGUGGUCCACCUGCUCUGGGAGCAGUUCACUAAGAAAUCACAGUGUUCAUCACUGGAGCGCCGUGCUGCUGUCAUGCUGCUGGGGAUGAUGGCACGGGGAAAGCCAGAGAUUGUGGGCAGUAACCUGGAUGUUCUGGUGAUGACUGGGCUAGAUGAGAAGGUAAUUGAAGACUAUCGCCUCGCCCAAGAAGUAUGCAAUGCCAUCUCCAAACUUGCCAGCAGCAACAAGCCAGCUGAGGGGAAGAACCAUGCUCCUUUCCGGCUGCCGCAGACACACCAGCUGUUUAGACACCUGAGUGAGGCUGUGACCACAGGCUUUGCCCAGCCAAGCACACUCUGGAUCCCCUUCAUGGAGUCAGCAAUGACCCUCAUCUACCAGUUAGCAGAAGGGCCUGAGGAGAUAUGUGCCCAAAUUCUGCUGUGUUGUAGCCAACAGGCUCUGGAGAGGCUUCAGGAGCCACAAGGGGUGGAAGCAGAACCAGGGACUUCUCCAAGCAGUGUCCUCGGCGGUGCCAACACUCUCCCUACCUUCCUGCUGACACAUCUGCUGUCUCUCGUGGGAAAUGUGGCCUUACAACAGGUUGUGCAUCUGGAGCGGGCAGUGAGUGCAGAGCUUCGUAGGCGCCGUGUCCUUGGGGAGGAGCAGGAGGCCAAGAAACAUGUUGUCAACAGCACCAAGGAGCAAAGUGCCAAGAGCAUUGAGAAUGAGACCACCAUGGAGGAGGAUCUGGGCCUAGUAGGUGCCUCAGCUGAUGACACUGAGGCAGAACUCAUCCGCAACAUCUGUGACACAGAGCUGCUGGAUGGGAAGCAGCUGCUCUCUGCCUUUAUUCCCCUGGUGCUCAAGAUCUGCAAUAACCCUGGGCUCUACAAUGAUCCAGCACUCUCAGCUGCUGCAGCACUGGCCCUUGGUAAACUCUGCAUGGUCAGUGCUGAGUUCUGUGACUCUCAUUUGCGCCUCCUGUUUACCAUGCUGGAGAAAUCCACCCUAUCAGGUGUGAGAUCCAAUCUCAUGAUUGCAGCAGGAGACCUAGCUAUCCGCUUCCCCAAUCUGGUGGAGCCCUGGACCCCCCAUCUGUAUGCCAGGCUGCGGGACCCCUGUCAAGGUGUGAGGCAGACAGCUGGGCUGGUGAUGACCCACCUGAUUCUCAAAGACAUGGUGAAAGUAAAGGGGCAAGUGAGUGAGAUGGCUGCUCUGCUCAUUGACCCUGAAGAGGAAAUUGUGGGUCUGGCUCGGAAUUUUUUCAGCGAACUUUCCAACAAGGGUAAUGCCAUCUACAACUUGCUUCCGGAUAUUAUCAGCCGCCUCUCAGACCCAGACUGCGGCGUGGAGGAAGAGUCCUUCCGUACCAUUAUGAGACAGCUUUUCUCUUAUAUCACAAAGGACAAGCAGACAGAGAGCCUGGUGGAGAAGCUGUGCCAGCGAUUCCGGACAGCCAGAACAGAGCGUCAGUAUCGAGACCUUUCUCAUUGUCUCACUUUGCUUCCUCUCUCUGAACGAGGCCUCCGCAAGAUGCAAGAUAAUUUUGAUUGUUUUGCUGACAAGCUCCAUGACCUGGCUGUCUAUAACUGUUUCCUAGCUGCACUGGGCCGACUCCGCAGGUCGGUCACCCGACCAGAGACCAAGGCUCUGAUUGAAGAGAUGGAGCAGAAACUCCAUGCCUGUCACAACCAUGGUAUGGAUUCCACAGAGGUUCCCAAGGAGCCUCUAUGUCAGGAGGGAGGCAAGACUCCCCUGCUAGAACCAGGAAAGAAGAGACAAGUAGCUGGCUCCUGCCGCCGCCCCAUGAGCAUAGCCAACAGAGAUGCAGACCCUUCUUUCAUCACACCUCAAUCCCGUGUGUCCAGGCGUUGCCGGGGUGCCGCACUGCGCCAUUCCUCUCAGAAACCUGCCAUCACCUUCUCUAGUGAUGAGGAGAACAGCCCUGAGGAUGAACUCUGUGCCGAAUUGACAGAGGAUGAAACACCAAGCAAGGUGACUCCCAUUUCCCGAGCUUCUGCUUGCCGUGCUCUGUGACAAAAUAUCUAACAGAUGUGUCUCAGUUAUUAAUAAGAAAUAAAACUGGUUUUAUUUUC